UAUAUAAAUAUAAAGGAACUGGGGAGGUUUAUGUAAAUGCCCCUAAAAAACAAAGCUAGAUUUUAUGAACUUCGUUACAGACUCGGAAAUGCGGCCAAACAUGGCGCUGCUCUCAAAAAUAAAUUACGUUGGGAUGAAAAAGGGAUGGACCUUUUGUUUGAUUCCAGUAAUUAUCUCUUAUAAAUUUUAAAAGUUUCAAUUUUGAUGCUAAAUUCUUCGUCUUUCUCAUGUCAAGCAAUUAGGCGAUCUUCUCCGGCUUACGAGCUCCAAUGCUCGUGUUCUUGCUCCAAUGGAUUCGCCUCACACUGCGCUUCUUCCUCGAAUGUGUUCUUGAGGGUUUCAGGCAAGAAGAGAUCACAGAUUAUCAAUCUCCUUCAUUUCAUGUAAUCUGAACAAUCAGCUUUCCUCCAUUUAUACAAAGUCGUCGCCUUUCUUUCAGAAUCCUCUGCUUCUCUGAUCAGAAAACAGAAAAAAAAUGGCGAUGUCAUCAACCAUCAAAGUAGUUCUCGGCAGCAUUGCCUUCGCCGUUUUCUGGGUUUUAGCAGUUUUUCCGGCCGUUCCUUUCCUCCCCAUCGGACGAACAGCCGGCGCUCUUCUCGGCGCCAUGCUCAUGGUCGUCUUCCUCGUCAUAUCUCCUGAAGAAGCCUACGACGCCAUUGAUCUUCCCAUUCUCGGCCUCCUCUUCGGCACCAUGGUCGUCAGCAUCUACCUCGAAAGAGCCGAUAUGUUCAAGUAUCUCGGCAAAUUGCUCACCUGGAAGAGCAGGGGAGGCAAGGAUUUGCUCUUCAGAGUCAGUCUCAUUUCCGCCAUUUCCAGCGCUCUGUUCACCAACGACACCUGCUGCGUUGUUCUGACAGAAUUCAUCUUAAAAAUUGCGAGGCAGAACAAUCUUCCUCCCCAGCCCUUUCUUCUGGCUCUGGCUUCCAGCUCAAAUAUUGGAUCUUCAGCCACUCCUAUUGGCAACCCACAGAACCUGGUUAUAGCUGUUCAGAGCAAGAUUUCGUUUGAAAAAUUCCUGUUUGGAAUCAUGCCUUCCAUGUUGUUGGGUGUGUUGGUCAAUGCUGGGAUACUCUUAGGCUACUUUUGGAAGCUUUUGUCUGUUGAAAGAGGUCCGGAAAUGGUAGAAGCAGGAGACAUGGUUGUUGAAAAUGAGGUGAGUUCUCACAGGUUUUCACCGGCGACAAUGUCUCAUCUCAGUUCUGUGAAUUCUCAGGAAAUGGGUUCUGCCAUUGAUGCAGUUCAUGAAGGCGAGGGAUUAGGAGCCGUUGGGAUUUCACAGAGGGUUAGUGUCAGCAGAAGCAGGAUGAUGAGUCCAGCUGGAGAAGUAGCUUCAGAGGCGAAUUCAGAAGAGAGGAAUGGGACAAAUAAUGAUGAGAGGUGGAAGAGAAGUUUGUGGAAGAUUUGCGUGUAUCUUGUAACCAUUGGCAUGCUGAUUGCUCUUCUGAUGGGACUUAAUAUGUCUUGGACUGCUCUUACUGCGGCUCUUGCUCUUGUGGUUAUUGAUUUCCAGGAUGCCAGACCUUGCUUGGAGAAGGUUUCGUACUCUUUGUUGAUAUUCUUCUGUGGGAUGUUUAUAGCUGUUGAUGGGUUCAAUAAAACAGGAAUACCGAGUGCACUUUGGGAAGCUGUGGAGAGGUAUUCGCGAAUUGAUACGGUUGGUGGGAUCAUAUUGCUCAGUGCAGUCAUUCUUGUUCUGUCUAAUGUUGCCUCCAAUGUCCCCACUGUUCUCCUACUGGGGAGCAGGGUAGCACAAUCAGCAGCUUCCAUCUCCGAAUCUGAAGAAGCUCGUGCAUGGCUCAUACUUGCCUGGGUCAGCACAGUAGCCGGAAACCUCUCCCUCCUCGGCUCCGCCGCUAAUCUCAUUGUCUGCGAGCAGGCUCGGAGGGCUCAGUUUUAUGGCUAUAAUCUCUCCUUUCUCAGCCAUUUAAAAUUUGGACUCCCUUCCACCAUUAUCAUUACUGCCAUCGGCUUGCCUCUCAUAAGAACUUACUGAUCAUUCUGCUAUUCAAUUCACUUAAAAUAAAACAUUUAUUUACAAAUUUACCCAGUUUGGUGUUUUAUUUGACGUUUUAGUCUGAUUUUAAAUUUAUUUAAUGAA